CAUGUUUUUUGUCAAUACUAUAAAAACAGUAUUGUUUGAACAUGGAAAAGUUUCAAAACCUUGAUUGGCAUCCUCCAUUGGAAGAUUUGAUAGACAAUGUAUUCAUCAAGGAUGAGAGAAUGGAGCGCGAGAGCGCAAUGUACAAAAUUUUGACUGGUAACUUUACGGAUCCACUUGAAGAUAUCGACAACGAGUAUGCUAAUGUUGAUUUAGAAUUGGUUAAAAAAUAUCUCCGUGAGGAUGGGGAGGUUUUAACCGAUUCAGAAGAUGAUAAUCAGUUAGAAGUCAACCAACAAGAAACCAAGAAUGAGGGCAACUCUCGUAUGCAAGAACAAGAGAGAUCUUAUGUACCUGGCAUAAGAAAAUUAUCGUUUGGCUUUCCUAGAAAGUCUUCUUUAGACAAAGCUCAGCAAGCUAUGUGCCUUCGUGUUUUAUUAAGAUUAUCUGACAAUGAAAAAAAGAGCAUGUCCGAUGAAGAGAGAAAAGAGUUCGAGCAAUACAUGGCAUUGCAAAAAAUAAUAUCUGAAGAACAGAAGGACUUUCUAGAUUUUGCAAAGAGUCAGUGGGAUGAUGCUUUCAAUUGGAAAAUCAAAUGUAAUAAAUUUGUGAUAACAAAAUGGAACACAAAAAUGCAAAGAUUUAAAAAGUUACCGAGAUAUUAUGUUGAAUCUAUAAGCGUACCACUUUCUGUACAAAGGACUCAUUUAAAAAAUCAAGAUAUUAAAGUAAAGAUCUCAUCUUGUUUGCAACAGGAAUCCUUUUCAAAGGUGGUAUUACCGAAACUCGAUCAGCAACAUAUAUUGUUCAUGAAAAGUGCAUCAUUGCUAGCAAAAUAUCCUCCAUGUAUCGAACCUGACAAAGUGAUGCAACAUUUUAGAUUACCCGUGAGCGAGGAUACAUAUUGCGAGAAUCUUGCAAUGGAAACUGGAGCAGAUAUUGUUAUUUCAUCUAGUGGCCUCAAGUGUCUACUGAGCAACAUAAAUUCGGAUCAUUCUGGCUCAUGGCUUGUACCGGUGGUUGUGAAAUCGCAUUGUGGAAAGAAUAUUGUUUAUAUUGAUAAAAGAUUACCACCUACCAUUGCCACUAUACCACAAAAGAAUUCUUGGAUAUAUAAAUAUAUCCUUAGAUACUAUUUUGUUAAAAGUAAAUCAUCAAAAAAAACAAAACAUACUAUAGAAGACAAACUUGAGAAGGCUGCAAAUCAUUCAGACUCGGAUAAUAACGAUAAUAAUUUAUCUAAUUAUUAUCUUAAAAUCUUUGAUGAAGAUUUGUGUUUAUCAGAUACAGAUGAUCUAACAAGUGACAAAAUUGAUUCCAAAAUAAAUAAAAAAAAUGUUUCAUAUAAUCUUUUCGAAAUAGGACAAACUGAUCUUCCAGAACAUGAACGAAUAAAACAUGGAGUAAAGGUCUAUCAAAUGUUGGUUCGUACAAAAACAGAUGGCGUUGAAAUGUUAUCAAACAAUAAAUGUCAGCCUUUAAUAUUAUCACCAAAGAUGGAGCAUCAGCUAGAAUUAGGAGCUGAAGCUGUAACAUUAGAGGAAGGCUUGCAUCAGUGGGCAUCAUUAAAAUUUAGACCAAACACAUUAUUAGCUAGAGUCAGGAUAGAAACUAGUACUUCAGAAAUAAUACAAAUAGAAAGACAUACAACAAUAUCAUUGAGCAAUGAGAUAAAACGACUUUAUAAUAUUAAAGUAGAAGAUUCUCUACAUAUUUUGUAUAAUAUAAUCGAAGGAUUGUCAUCCUUAACUCCUGGCCGAUAUAUUAUGAGGCAUGUCCCACAAAAUGGACCGUUUGCUUAUAUUUAUGAAAAUACAAUCGAACAUAGGAAAAAUGUUUUCGAUUUACAUUGGGCUUGCCAGACCGAGUUUCAAACAAUACCUAAAACACCAUGGCCACCUAUAGACAAUAUGAUGUCAACACCAUCACUUAGAUGUUUCCAAAGAAUGCCUGCGAUGUUUUUUCCAAUUUUGUAUCAAAAACAAUUCAAACUUAAGGCCGGCUCAAGCCGGCCUAGAGGACGUCCAAGAAAAAACGCUAGUGGCAUUAACAAUCAAGUUCCUGUAUCUCCCCGGAGAAGUGAUCGGCUAAGAAAAACGAAUACAACGUAAAGGACAAAAUGCAGCAUAAUUUUCUAAAGAUUUCUAUUUUGAAGA